UGAUGUCUUAUUGAUGUUGAAACUAUAACAGACAGUAACAGUCAGCAUCUCAUCAAGCGAACAUCUCUAAAUUACAAUGGAAAAAGUUUGUAAAGAAAUUGCAGUUUAUACAUCCACGCCGUGCCUUAAAAGUUCGCAAGGAAGAAAGAUUUUAAAGCAGUUGUUUUUAACAAAUUUCCCAAAAGAUGUGUCAUUUCAAGAAGAAGUUAAAAAAGAGGAUCCAAUUGAGUUAUUAAGAGAGAAGUUCAAUUUUUCAACGCCAUUAUUCAUCAACACGCCAACGGAAUCCUUAACACCAAAUACUAGGCAAAUUUUUGAAGAAAACUUUAAGAAAUCAAUUCGUGCUAAGCUUAAACGACGAUGCAUUCGACUUUAAACCAUAAUUAAUGUUUUUGAUCGCAAUUAACUUUGGAUUUUGUUGAAAUAUAAAAUUUUGUCAUUUUUAUUCAUCCGUUAAAGUGUUCGAACGUGUUUUCUUCUAAAUUCACAGUUUAAUAAAAUAUUUUUCAACUUACUUCAGAAGAUGGCUUGCAACAAUUCAUUCCCUUGUGUCCCAUGUCCACCAAAAGAUUGUGGUCCAAAAUGCAUGACAGCACCAGAACUAGCAUGUAUGCCUCAAUGCCCUUCAAUCUGUCCACCUCAAACUUGUGGACCACAAUUUGUGAAAGUUCAGCAACCACCAAAGCUCGUGUGUCAAAAACAAGUAGUUUAUACAAAACGAACAGUCAUUGAUAAGCAUGUUAUGCCUAAUACGAAGGAAAUUUGUGAACCAAGACUAAUCUAUCAACCCAAAGUGAUCUGUGAGCCGUGUAUUGUCUACAAAAAGAGGGUUGUUCCUGAACCAAAGAUUGUCUAUUACAAAAGAAUCGUUCCUGAUCCAAAAGUUGUUUGUCAGCCACGAACAAUUGUGGAACCUAAAGAAAUUUGUCAAACAAUGGUGUGUCAACCGAAGCCUCAAGUCAUUCAAAUUCCACAACCAAAAGAAUACAUGUGUGCACCGACAGGAACUACGUUUUAUAAUAGACCAGGAUGUGCACCAGUUCCUUGCUUGCCUCUUGCAAAGCCUUGUGAUCCUUGUGCACCAAAGGAAUUUUCAUGCUAUGAUCCAUGCUGUCCACCGAAAUGUCCAUCUCCUUAUAUUCGGAAGUGCUAAAUGUUUGAA